AUGUCCUUCGGUACCUCGGCUCCAUCUCUCUCAUACUCGUCCGCGUCCACCUCAUUCGGAGGCGAAAUCGGUACCGAUCUUACCGCUGUCGCUCAACCCAUUGCCACCGGUGACAAUCCCUACGGAGGAGGGUGGAUCUUUGAGAAUCCCUUCAUGCCCGGUCAAUCGGUCACACGCGCGCUCGGAUCCGGAAACGCGGUGGGCGGACAAGGCGGCAUGGAUACCAAGAUCGGCGGCGAUACUUCGGCUGCGAAGGGAGAACAGGCGUUGGAAAUGACAAAGGCGUACAGCGUGAUGGGAGCCACAGUCGGUCUGAACGGGAUGAUGGACGCCUUGUCGCAAGGAGGCGCAGAGAGGACGCGUCGGAUGUCUGCGCUGGACAAGGAGAUUCAGGCGGCGCAGUCGAAUGCGGCCUACACUGCGUCGAUGCUCAACAGCACACCCGCUGGACAUGGGACGAGCGGGAUGACUAGCGUGCAGGAGGCGAUGUACACCCUGGGGCAGCAUACGGUACCUCAGCAGCAGUGGAUGGGCUCGCACGGACCCACCGAUGCGCCUGCAGAGUUCAUGUCGUUUGAUCCCAUCGAUUACCCAUUCACCAACAUCCCCACCGGCGCGCGGUACGAUCAGCUUCUUCAGGCCAAACUGGGUCUUCCCGCCGCCUCCAGCAGCACCACUCCCACUUCCACCUCACCUGUCAAUCUGACCCACUCCCAGCCCUACACUCGGCAGUACGAUAUCCCGCAGGAGGUACCGAGCACCUGGUCAACGCCCGCCCAGACCAAACCGGUCGCCCCGCCCGUCUCUGCCCAGUCGCUCGCGCCUCCACCAUCCCUCCCUUCAUCAUAUCAUCGACAAGAUCCCAUCUCAUCCCUAUCAUCCCAGUCCUCGCCUGCCCUUCCCCUAAACACGGCACCGAUCCCCUACUCCCGCACGUCGUCAGGCACAUCACAGUACCCCGUCCCCGGCGUCCGAGCGGGAAGCAAUCCCGACCCCUCGUUCGUUCCCUUCUACGCCUAUCAGCAAUCGGACGCCGCCCUCUUCCCAACUGCCACCCCAUCCAAUCCUGUUGUACCUCUGACAUUGCAAACACCCUAUCUCGCGGCACAGAACUACCUCAAUAACCGCGCGCCGGCCAUUAUGGACUGGGGCUACCCCUACCCACAGCUUCAGCAGUACCAACACCCCACCUCGAAGGCCCCGGAUGGGCGGUACCCGGAUCCCGCUCCUUGGUUUAACAGCCAAGGACAGGAUCAAGCGCUCAGCGAGGCACUUUCGCGCAACUAUAACACCUCCCCAUCACACCGUUGUCCGCCAGGAAUAUCCCCGUACGCUGCCCCGCCUACGUCCGCGACCGGGUGCUACGAUGCCCAAUCCGCCCUCUUCCCCAGCGACAGGUCUGCCAGCUCGGCGUUUCGUACGGCUCAAUCUUCGCCAUCGUACGAGACCAACCCGUACAAAUCCGAGCAGCGCCCUCAGUACCUGCACGACUCGCAGCAGUACCACUCGGCCGGUAGCUCCUCGACGCAAAGGUCGCACAGCUUCGGUCUCCCUCCUCCGUCCACAUCCCCAUAUCUAUGGACAUCGAUCAAUCCCACGCAGACCGCGCCCGUUGCAACUGCUUCUAGGUCUUCCCCUCCAAUCAAGCGCGAGGCGGCAUCGCAUUCUCCAACCCACCCGCUCGUGCCUUCCUCGGCGCCGUUGGCAGAGCUGGACAAGCCCAAAAAGAGGAGGGUGAAGUCAACGGGGUCAACGGAUGUACAGGAGACCAAGGGCAAGAGCGAGGGCGCGUUGGGGAAGAGAUGUCGCGACGUCAGUAAUAGUGGCUCGGACAGUCACAAGGGCGGGGAGGGCGCGCUCGCGGAGGACAAGCCGGAGGGAUUGGUGGAUGGCCAGCAAGAAGGAGCCAAGAAGAUUGUUAUCGCUUGUUAUACUUGUCGAGCCAAGAAACUCAAAUGCGAUGGCGCUCGACCACGAUGUCAUCACUGUGCGCGCCGAGACGAAGAUGUAUGCUCGUACGAUGCCGCACUGAAACGGCGGGGACCGGGCCGCAAAACCAAAGAACGGGUCUCGCUUGGCUCCCAGGCCGGUUCGACUAAGCGCCCCGGGGCUCGACCCAAAAAGGCUACCAAGUCGGUCGAGGCUACAGCGUCUCUCCCGCCUGUCCCGCCCAUUGGGCCGGUGGAGGGUUAUUAUGAGCGAGGUGGCGGGUAUGAGGGUAGUUCCGGGGCGGGAUCUGGCGACAUGGCGGGUCACGAGGCGAGCCGUCAGUGA